GUGACAAGCAUUUUCCUACCAUGGAGGACGAAUUGAUCGAUGGUGAGAUCGUGUGGGUGAAGGUUAGCAACAGCUGGUGGCCGGGUGAGAUUAUGGGGGAGUCACGCCUGUCCGAAGAGUUUCUUUCCUCGCUCCGGAAAAAGCCACUUGCGGUUGUAAAAUUUUUUCAAGAGGACUCCUAUGAAUACGUAAAAAACCCUAAUUUUAUUUUCAAGUAUAAUUGUCCGCGCAAGAAUGAGUUUCUUCGUAAAGGUUUGGAACAAUAUCGUGCCAAGAUGAAGCACAUGGAAAAAUUUCCGGCCGAUGUGAUGCAUGCGGAACGUGUGACGGGCGGUGAUCCGGACAUAGUUAAUUCAACCGAUUUUCAACCACAGAAAAAGGAACGCUAUUCGGGUUUGUUCCAAGAUGGACGUUCUCCCGUCACACCGAAAGGCGGGAUGAGGGGCUUAAAAGAAAAACCAAACACAGCAUCGUCUAAAUUGUACGCAAUUGGUUCAGGACGUAAGACAAUGCACGAGGUUCGAAUUUUAGCGCAACCAUCCAGCACGUCGACCACAGACAGUGAAACAGGCGCAGCCUCUCGUCCAGAGCAAAAUGACGGUUCGCCUGCUGCUGUGGCACAGCCCGUAUCGUCUUCUCCUGGGCAGGUGUAUCAUUGUUACAAAUGUAACAACUACAGUGCCAAUCGUCAGAAUCUGAUCAUGCUUCACAUAAAGCAUUGCCGAAUGAGCUACUCGGUAGGUGGAUUGUCCUCUGCGUCAUCCAAUACCACUCCAAUGGCUCGCAAAGUUUCACGAGAAAAAGUGAACGAAUCAGCUGAAGAGGAAGAUCAUGAGCUGGAUAUUAAAGUCGACCACUCUAGACGAUCAUUGCUGAAAACAGGAAAGGGAAAAUCAUUAGAGGCAACACCCAUCAGCAGCAUUGAAUUGAUGAUGGUUCCCUUGAAGGAUGAACCGUCCAGUGAAAAGCGCGUGAGGGGCGGCCGCAAGCCAGCUGCUUCGAGUGAAACACAUAAGCAAAAGAAAACUGCUGCACGUCGAAGGAAUAGACGGACUCUAUCGCCGGAUGUGGACGAGAUGGCUGUGGUGAAAUCCAUCGAAGAAGAUGAUCCAUCGGAAGAUGUCGACAUAGAGCCGCAUCGACAAAAGGAAGACGGAGCUCUAGGAAGUCAAGCUGAAAUGACGAGCGAAUCGAUCAAUCGUGAUGGAUCGGCAAUACAUCAUCCACUAGGCACCAAGAACAGCUCGGAUGUGAAGCUGAAAAACGAGCUGCUUGCCGACUGGAGUGAAGACGAACAGGAAGAUGACGAAGGUGUUAAAGAAAGCGAACAAGCAUCCGUCGAAAAGAAGACGGUGGAAGAAAUUUCUGUAGCAGAGAAGAAAAUUCCUCAGCUGGAAAUUUCUUCAUCAAUUCGAACGGCUGUUGCUAAAGCAAGUACCAACAAAAGGCAACAGAAAGAAACCAGACAGGAAACAAGCGGCAAACAAACUCAAGCAUCCAAGAAAGCAAUAAAAGUGGAUGCCAAAAAUGAUGCAAGUGCAAUGCGAGACAAAGACGAGCUAAGCGACAGGGUUAAAGUGGCGGAAAAAGAUUUGGAAAGUUCGCCAGAUGAUGGUUCAACUAGUCCCGUAGCAGCUGCAACAACCUUGCCCGUAUCAGAAACAUCUACUGCGACUUCUCUUGUUACAGCGAUGACUACGGUACCAUCUGGCGCUACCACCACUCCCACAGCUUCACCGUGUGCUACGAUCAAGUACAGAAACAUCCCGAAAAAACAAAAGCGGGAAUUCAUCGAGGUCACCAACGACGACGUAUCCACGGUGCAGGAAAAGUACGCGGUACCAUCACGGGAGGGAAGCACGGCUAGCAGUUCAUCAACCACCGGUUCUAAUGAGUUGUGCAUUGGAAGUGGUUCUCAGGCUACUGCGGCUGCACCCGCACCGGCAGCCGAGCGUCCAAUCAGUGCGAAACAAUUGAUACUAAACCGUGCAACCCGUGGAUCGAGUAAAUCGUUGAGUGGAGAUGAAAAUACGACAGUCAUUAAUGUAACGGCGGCGGACGAUAGUAGCGGUGGUACCACAACGACGACUGUCGCCACUGGGUCGGAAAGCAGUAGUACCAGCGUGGAACAAAUAUCUCAUCUGGACGAUGCGUUCGACGAUGCGAAGAAAAAAACGCAGGACGCUCAGCACCAUGAAACUUCCUGUUUCGAUUUUAACGAGGACGAAGAAGAGCGACAACCAGAGGUAUCGUCACAAAUAUCUACCAUAGUUACAAAAAAUUCACGAAUGUCAACAUCCGUGAAUACUGCAGCAGAUGCAUCUCAAGAAGAGGAUCGGGACAUAAAGCUGGGACAGGAAAUUGAUUCACUACUGUGUGAGAUGGAGGUCCCGAAGUUGUCGGAAGAUCUGAACAAUGUAAUGGCUGCUGUGUCCGACAAGAUUGACUGCAAUCGUACACUACCACCAAAGGAGCGUGGCAAGAGAAUUUUUAAAACGCGCAACAAAACUGUCGCCGGAGCGGCAUCUUCCUCUUCGAUACGUUCGAGCGCGGAAGAAGUCGAUGAGGAACCAGAAGCUAAAGUGCUAGCAGCACAAACAGACGCAAAUGAUGCAAAGAAUAGGAUCAACAAAAAACCACAAGUUGAAACGGAGGAGAAACAGCACACGAAGGAUGAAAACGAACAGAAGAAACAGGAGGAUCAUCAGAAUCCUUCCGUUACAUCUUCGGCAAUGACUGAAGAGAUGGUAGCGGUCGAACCAAUGGAUGUAGAUCACCAGCCACAGCAGCAGCAAUCUGUGAAGAAAAAGCGGAAAUCGGAAGAAGUACUUCUGCCGGACAGUAGUGGCGGUAAUGGUGAACCAGCGCUCCCGUCGUUAUCUACGCGCCGUCGUGGAAAGUUUGGUGGUAAGAGUGUAACAGAAGGCACGGAACAGAAACCAUCAGACACAUAUUCAUCGUUGGAUGAGCGUGAAUCUUCAUCCUCCGCGCGUAAAUCGAAAAGAAAUCGUCGCGAAUUUACCACCACAGCUACUGUCGCCAGUAGUGAUGAUAAGGUUGAUACCGAAGAUCCUCAUCACAAUACUUCGGAACGAGUGUCCGGAAGUAAAAAAGAACCAAUAGCCACGGUAGAAGCAACUGGCGACGGUACCACAACGAAGAACGACGAAACAUCACCAUUAAAACCAGUGAAGAAGCAAUCGAUUGAAAUACCGGCAACACCAACACCGAAUUCGACGAAACCGAAGCGAGAAGAAAACCUUUUACAGUUAAAAAAAUCACCUCCGGUACCAUCUUCUACCUCGAUCGAUGUGGCUGCGCCAACUGCGACGGAUCUGCAAGUUGCGGAAGCGUUGAUAAAUCUUCCCGCUGCAGCAGCAACUAUGGCGCCGGUUAGUAGUAGUGAGGAAAAGCACAUACCGACGACGAUGAACGAUGCUGUAGAGGAAGCAGUUGUUGCGAAGGAAGCAACAACAACAUCCACUGCAAGCGUGGUACGGCAGACAACAGCACAGCCAAGCAGUUUGGCCAAGAGUAUCAACCCUCGAAAGCGUCACCUUCAAUCGAUGAUGCUUACAACGCCGGAAGAGUCAAAACCGCAGGCAAAGAAGCCGGUGGUGUUAUCUUCCGUGUCGUCUGACUCUUCCGUACUGUCAGUGGUGGUAUCCAAGGCAGACGACACUUUAGUUGCAGUCGUGCCUACUAAACAAGAUGCUCCAUCCAUUCCAGAGAAGAACAGCGAUAACGAAUCAAUUAAAUCCGUCGAAAACGAAGAAACGGUCGACGAGUUGACAGCAAAUGAUAGGUUGGACAUCAGCAACAUGCCCAUUGUAAUGGACGAUUCGGAGCUGUUAGUUGAGGACGCUUCGUCGUCUGUCUCGGGUCCGGCCAACAGUGCGGUCGUAAAGAGUGUAAACGGUGCAGCCAAUACAUCCAACAAAGUCGGAGAAACAUCGACGCGCACUACGAGUAUUGCAACGCCGAGAGACAAACGGCAAACGACAGUAGUGGCAUCAGUGAAGGGAGGCCGUGCCUCUAAGGAGCAAAUUGUGAUAACGAGCAAAGGCACCGUACUCACCACCUCAACGGCAAACGUAACGGUUGCGUCCAAGUUGUCCACAACCAGCAAACCGUCGGUGUCCGUGACGAGUUCGAUUACGCUUGCUUCUAGCUGUCUUGUCGCUAGCUCAACACCGACAACAGCACCGAACGGUUCGUCAUCGACAAUGCCACCUCUACAACCACCACCAUCAGCCACAGUGGUUGCCACAUCAGUAAAUACACAAUCGGUACCACCAAAGAUCAUUCUAACCAAGAAGCCGCUACCGAAUACCGCUACUGAAGGUGUGAAAUCGAGCAAAUUGCAAGAACAUCGUCUGUCCGGUGAUGGUGGUUCGUCCUCCGUAUCUUCAUCGUCCGGUAGUGAUGCAGGCAGCAAAAAGAGCCAUCGUGUGUUGAGGCUUACGCCGGAAAAGUUGAAAGAGUUCAGUCGUCUCGGAUACAUCGAGGAUCGGCAGGGCAAAGGCAAGAUGCUAAGCAAGAGUGGAAUGCGUGAGCUGUACGGGAAGCAGGCGCAACUAAAGCAGCAGAAGAAAUCCGUACCGAUUUCCACCAAGAUCGUUACAACGACGGGUGGAGGCGGCGCUGAAGGGGUGGGUUCGGAUAGUACCACCGGCAGCACGGAAGUUGCUUCGUCUGGUAGCAAUGUGGUGAUUGCGGCUGCAGCCGAUUCGUCCGUGCAGGAGUCAUCUGCCACAGCUGAACGGGCUACUGCUGCGAGCGAUCCCAGUGUGGCCGAUAUGGAUGUGGAUGAAGAGGUAGAGCAACAAAAUAAUAAGAUGACCAUGGAAUUGGCACCAGCUUCUGGGACAGCCAUUGUGGUGGAUGGGUCCAGUCCGACCAGUAGCGCUACCACCAGUAGUGGACCAGUGGCCGAAGUGAUCCUGGGUUCACCAGCUGAGCUAACCAUGGUGGGUUCGCUGGUUGAAGCUACUAGCAGCAGUGGCAGCAGCGCACCGACGGCUGCAGCAGCAGCAGCAGCUGCAGGCAGUGGAGUGCAAGAGUCCUCACAACUGGUUGCCGUAACGGCGGAGAACUUCGGUGGACCACCCCAUCUAUUCUAUCUUUGCUCGGUGCGCGAUGAAACGUUCGUGCGUGUCAACGACGAGUUACUGUACCUAGACGCGUCCAAUCAGUUGGUUGCGUUGCCCGAACAGCAACAUCCGACAUCCCAGCAGCAGCAACAGCAGGGACAACAUCCGACACAACCGGUGGAAGAUAUUAUCCAUCAAGCAGAAGUAAUCCUGCCAACGAUUGGUAGCAAUGGAGCGGAACUGGCGGGUGACGGUAGUGGAGAAGGUGGCGCGAAUGUGACCCUUGCCGAUGGUUCGAGCGCGUCAGUAGUAAACGAUGGUACGCAGCAAAGCUUUCUGCUCAACACGCAGGACGGUCAGCAUAUCAUACUCGACCAGCAGAGCCUGAUGGCAUUGGCGGCCGGUGGUGAUACAUCGCACAUUAUAACGGCAGACGGCCAGCAGAUAGUGCUGCAAGAAACAGCCCAGGAGUGGUUGGCGGCCCUUUCCGCCGGCCAGCAGCAGCAGCAGCAAACCGGCACGGUUAGCACGCUGGUUACACCGGAAGGAACGCAAAUCAUUGUGGCACACGAAACCGCCGCCGGACUGAUUGAGCUGCAAGAACAUCCGGUUUUGAUGCCGUCAGACAUUAUACAGGUCAAUCCUAACACGACGAUCGAAACGAAUGCGGUGCUAACGAAACCACCGAUCAUGUCAACGGUUGAGGUGCCAACCAAGAACGGUAUCGAGCCAGCGGCAAGUCGCGCGUCGGAAAAAAAAUCGGCUACGAUGUCUCCCCGGAUGGCCACCGGUAAUAGCAGCGUUGCUGCUGCUGCUGCACCGUCUGGCCUGUCGUUGCCAUCCGCGAACGCAGCCACGAGCUCGAAUCUCGACGAAACGCUGGCAGCCGUUAUUGGACACGUGCCGAGCAAUCCGCACGUACCGACCUCGCUGGAGCUGCCGAUCACCGUCACCAAUCCGGUCAUCGCGAAAACGAGUACGGCCAGUAGUAGAAUGAAUGCGGCGGCACUGUUCCCGCUCACUACAACGGCCACAGCCGUUUCUUCGCUGACUGGUGACACCAUUUCGGCGGUGGUUUUGGUGUCCGGUGGUGCCGAAGCUCCAGGUACGAUCGAUCGUGUUCCUCCUCCUUCCACUACUCCUCCAUUAGCAUUUCCUCCGGCGCAGAAGGGUGGUGAAAGUGUUGUGAGAGAAGCGUUACGAGAGGAUGAUGGAAAAUCAUGUCCGACGCUAGCUGAGCCGGCCCUUACCGACGAGCCAUGUGUGGUGGAGGAUGAAGACGACAUUCAAAUUCCAAACACACCAGAAUCGCAACACGUGGACGAACGACAGCAACAGCAGCGACUUGACGAUGAGUUUAGCGAUUUAGACGACGCUGGACGACACGUAGAGGACGGUGAACAGCUAAACGACACGCGUAACCAUCUUCUGGUGGAUGCGGAUGAGGCAAACUCAAACUGUAGCGAGAUCAUCGCCAUCCAACCGAACGUGGUUGUGCUGGACGCUGAGCUGUUGCUCGACAGUCCCCCGAACGAUGACGGUAUUGACGAUGAGAUGGAAAACGAUAGUGAAGACGAUGAGCAGCUGGCAGUAGUACGGCAACAUCAGCAGCCCCACCAACAACAUCGAUCACGGCAUGUUGCGGCUGUACGAUCGACCAACGGUGAAGGUGAUGGUCGCCCGGAUACGUUAAAUCUGGCCGAAUAUCAUAACAGUAGUAAUAACGAUAGUGGAAUUGAUACCAGCAUGGCAAGUGCGGGGGCUGGUGGUGGUGGCGGUGGGAGUGCCGGUUGUGAGGCAACCGUAUCCGGUGGUGCUCCGGUACGAUCUGCGACAAUCGUUGAACGAUAA